AUGAGCUCAUACGAGGGCCUCUUUGAUUAUGGCUUGCUGCCAGUCUGCAGCUGGCUUCGCAAGACCAGCACUACCGAGAUGUUGCAUCUCUUGGUCAACGGCGGUUCCGUCUUACCGAAGCUGCAGAACAAUUGGAACACAUUCACGGCCAAGACGAAUAACCUCCAACGCAUCCCGCGGCCAAUAGUGUUUAAGAGGGCUGAAUGGAAGACAAAGGGAGCCGAAAUAGAGGCAACUAACUUGGGGGCCGUUUCUGCCCAAGGUUCCAGACGGCAUGCUCAAGGGCCAACUCAAAAUGACGGGAAAUGCAGCGCCUUGGAGAGGGGCCGCAAAAAUUCGGCUAACUGGCUAAACGAGCCCCUCAAACUUGAGCCAAAAAUACCCAAUAUCCAAAUAUGCCACAUUGUGGAAAUCUUUCAAACACAAGAUUCGACAUUGACCAUACAAUAA